ACAUUCGAGGUUAAUUACGCAGUUUCUAAUCGCUACUACUAUGAUGUUCAACAAGGGCGAUGCAUAUCAUUUAUAUACAAUGGUGGCCUCGGGAAUUUUAAUAAUUUCAAGACAGCUUCUGAAUGUGAAUUUUUCUGCGCUAGGCUUCAAUGUAACUAUGGCGCCCCGCUUAAAAUUGGUGCAAAUAACCAGAGAUGCAACAGUAAUUCAGAAUGUCCUAGCACUCAUGAAUGCCAAACUGAUCAUAAUGUUUGUUGCCCUCGACCGCAAGCAAUUUGCUCACAGCCACUUCGACCAGGUGAUUGUAAGCAAAGUAUUCGACGUUAUUGGUAUAAUGCAGUAGCUAGAGCCUGUGAAAUUUUCAGUUAUAGUGGAUGCCAAGGGAAUGAUAAUAACUUUGAAACUCUGCUGGACUGCCAAAAUACUUGUGAAAAUAUCAUCCCAGAACCACAGUGUCCACACGGUGAUGCAUACAAAGAUUAUCAAGGCAAAUAUUAUGUGUGUUCAAAUUCUGGCAGUGGCAAUAUAUGUCCGGUUAAUUAUGAAUGUUAUUAUGAUGGUUUUGUAUGGGGUUGUUGUCCAACUAAAACAUAUACUUGCACACUUUCAUCUAAUAAAGGAGUAACUUGCGGCGCUGGGUCAUCACAUCGCUAUUACUAUAAUUCACAAACACAGGAAUGUGAAAGCUUCCUCUACAACGGAUGUGAUGGAAAUCCAAAUAAUUUUGCUACACGUGAAGAAUGUGAAAAUUAUUGCGGAGUUGGUGGUUGUCCAAAUGGUGGUACACCUAAACAUAAUGAAUUGGGACGUUUAAUUAUUUGCUCUUCUAGUUCAUCAUGUCCACCGACUCAUGAAUGUACAUCAGUAAAUUCUGGCAGCAGCGUUGUAAAUCGAUGUUGUCCCACUAGAGGUGAGGGAAAAUAUUUUGGAUAA